CGGGCGCGCACCGCUCGUCUCUAGAAUAUCGCGUCUUCGCCAUAGGCGCGCCACGGUUACGUGAGGGACGCACACAAGGCAAUUCCACGCGAGACACGAGACGACGAAGAUGGCCGGCUCGGGGAACGCUUGCAGUGCCGGUACGUUGUUGCAGAAACUCGGCCUGCGGCCGGUGACGAAAUGCAGCCUCGCGACAUUCUACGCGCCGGCAUGCGGGGCCGCGUCGUACGUCGCGAUGUCCGUCAAUGUCAUGAACCCAAGCCUCGUGAUCAAAGUAUUCCCAAAGAAGGAUAUUACGAAUUUCUUAUUGGCCGGCACUUUAUUCGGCACAGGAUCCUACAUUUACACACGUGAACACAUGAAAAAUGCGUCAGAGCGCAUGCGAGUUCUAUACAGUGUCACCGGUGCGGUGUUGCUGAGCUUUGGAUCUGUCCUAUUAUGGGCGGUACUUCGAGCGAUAAUACCACCGAAUCCAGUCCUCUGCACGAUAGCAGGUGUCGGCAGCGGACUGGCGCUCAUGAAAGCCAGCACGAGCUAUCUUCAGUUUGUGGAUGGACAGAUAGUUAAAAAGUAGGAAGCUUCUGUGUAUCUUGGGUUCUUGUUUCUCUCGGCUUUUGGUUUUUUGUUUCUUUUUUUUUUAUCUACACUUAGGUUGCGAAACUAUAACCACUGAGUAACAACACAGAAGGGAGUCGUAAUUUUUAGAGUAAGAAAGACAUUGUGGUACCUCCGAAUAUCAUACAUUGAUACAUCUCGCGCGAUUUUCUUUUCCUUCUUCGCGACUCGGGAGAGACCGAUCAUCGAGAAUGUAUAUGAUUAUGUUUAAAGAAAAGAAAAGAGUUCAACACUCUCGAAUCAGGAAUCUCACACCUGUGCGUGAGAUUCCUUGGCUGCAAAACUACAGAAAUACACCAGUCAGUGUAGCAAUAAAAACUUCAAUUAUCGCACAUGUUAUCGACGAGAUUGAUCUUACGUUGGAAAUCUUUUUUACACCGUUCUUUUCAUUACGAACACUCUUAACAAUAUUCUAUCUUCUCGAUAUCGCUCGUUACUCGUGCAACGUCGUUACCAGCACACGAUACGAGUCGUUCGUUAAUACCAGAUAAAAAAGUGCACGCGCUCUGCGAACUUAGAAAGAGAGAGAGAGAGAGAGAGAAAGAGAGAGAGACCCGCGGUAAGAAGCCUCCGGCGCGCUUAGGAAGCCGGAGGACACGUACGUCGUAUAUACAUGUAUGUAUGUAUCUUAAACUGUUUUGUAAGCUGUACAGUGUUCGUACAGGAUGCCAGAACAUGCAUCAUCAUGUAGAUAAACAACACCAUAAAUACACACGUGCGAAUUGUGCAACAA